AUGCCUGCGGAGUCCGAGAGGCCGCCUUACUUCAACGGUGACUCCGGUCAAACCAGGGGGGCCAAAGAUGUAGACGCGCCUUCGGAACCCGCGCCUCGAUCGGUCAAAGAAGACAUCACGCCAGACAUGUCAACCCCAACCGCCAAAUCCCAGGGCCAGGCCAUGUCCCAGGUGCCUAAGCUCGUCCCUAGUAUACCCGUUUCCUCCUCGACCUCUACAACGAACUCUGCCGUAUCCUCCCGCGAAUCAUCCCCCGUCCGAUACUCUACGCGCUCUAUGAACACCUCGACUAGUCGAGUGCAUUCUCAAUCCCGCCGAAGUAGCCAAGACCGAGCCAGUCCGGUCCGAUCAUUCUCCAACAGCCAUUCAUCUGGUAUACCUGUGCACACCUCGCCAUCUGGCCAGCGCGGAUCGACACAGUCAAACAAUACACCCUUCUUCUCACCUCCUCCUCCUGCCCCCGAUCCUCCGGCCAAUGUCCUUAGUCCAGAAAAGAACAUGCCACCAUGGUCGGCAAAUCGCCGUACGGAUCAAGACUCGACUCCCCCGAAUACCUCACAAAAAAGAAUACCUUUGCCACCUUCCGAAGAAGAGCAUGGGACAGUCGAUCGAAGCACACCUCGGCCCGUCGCAAGGGGUGUCAGCGGACAAGGGCCCUCCCUGGAAACGGUCCAAGAAAUGGCCAGUAAUCCCUCAACUCCUUCCAGUGAUACGGCCCUCAAACCCGUCACUCCGGAUGACGCUAGGUUACACACAAUCGAUGAAGACCCGACGCCUCGAGCCGCAAAAAAGAAACAAAAUGCCGAGAGUGGAAGUGAUAGCGGUGAGAAUCGAAGCUCUGAAGCAGCAGAGGAAGGUCGGUCUCAAGCUACGGGAGGAACUAAGACCCCCAAGACUCUGAUGCCGCAACGAUCAUCUACUUCACUCAGUGCAGGUGCACGUGGGAAGCCUGCUGAUGGCUCAGUGCGCAACAUGAUUGUGGAGACCGAGACUGUUAGCUCUAUCCCACAAGUGUCUUUAGGGGUCGGAGCUGGCGAGCGUGGACACGCUAGCCGUGGUGUUGAACAAGGCACUCUUAAAAAUAAAAGGUCUACUGAUACAGUCAGGGCGGCGCCCGUGUCUCGCGGCAAUCCUCCCAAGAAAAAGCGAAGACCUAACGCUCUUCCGACUGGGCCUACUUCGAGCAAAGCAGAUAUAUUUGAAGCCAAGGUAGCGAGCGCCGUGGACGAAGCCGAUGUGUCGGACUCCGAUGAGACAUUUGUUUAUGAGUCGAACCCCAUUGAUUAUCCUCCACGCAGAUAUCACUCUCGUACACCCAGUGCCACCUCAAUGGCAAGCCAAGUUGAUCAGCUAGCCGGUCGCGCGCGUUUACCCAUGCGAGACGGUAACCAUAGCGUGACUAUCAAACGCAGCAUGAAGUUCACAAAUAAUUCCCAUCUGGAUGGUGAAUCUGUUGAUUCUGAUAGUCGCAGCGUUUCGAGGGUUGAUGGCAGUGGAACUAUUACGCCCGGGCGAGGAUACCAUCAUAUUGGACCUCGUACACGACCGCCAUCUAUUAUGGACAAUGAUGGACUUUUCCCUCAAGGUCAAGGCCAAAAGUCGCCUAGGCAUUUCAUCAGCGGGCAUCGACAUUCGCGAAACUCUAAUACUCGCUCAUCGCCGAACUAUAGAAGUAUCAAUGGAUCUAAGAAAGCGGGCGAUAUUUACGGAUACGACUUUGACGCCGAAGGCGCUGAUGAUGAAAGGACUCCUUUGGUUUCCCGUCCACCGCGAAGCAGUCGCGGCGAUCGCAUUAUCCGACGUCCUGGUGGCACAUCGCGACAGAUCGAAUAUAUUACUCAACAGCAACGUGGAUGUUUUUCACGUUAUGGCUCGUGCACUAUUAUUCUCUUGUUGCUACUCAUUAUUGCUGGUGGUGCAGUUUCCUUUUUCAUCGCCGCUAGCAAAACACUCUUGGACGUCCAGGUCAUUGCUAUCGAGAAUGUACUUGCCUCGGAGCAAGAGAUUAUGCUGGAUCUCAAUGUGUCUGCCAUCAAUCCGAAUAUAUUCCCGGUCACAAUAGACGAUACUGAUCUCAAUAUCUUUGCUAAAAGUCGAUUCGUGGGGACCGACAAGUUGUGGCGCGAGCACCGGGAUGACGAACUUGAUGGUUUCCCUCGAGUGAAGCAGAGCCGUCGCCGCUGGGAGUUGUCUCGCGUUGUCCGAUGUCUUGGGAAUAUGGAUUGCGUCAAGGCAGCCAUGUCUGGUCAUUCUUCAGGUCCUCAUACCAAUGAUGGCGUCGAUGAAGGCACUGAUCCUAUCUCUGAUCCGGAGGGUGAUGCCCAAACCAUGCUACUUGGGAGAGUCUUUCGAUUCGAUUCGCCUCUCUCAUUCCCUGCAGCUCCGUGGGGUAAAGAGCCAUUUACGUCCAAGGCCCAGAUUCGACUUGGUCGACCCGGCAACAAGACGGAAGAAGGCGGCACCGAACGCUGGGAGCGAGUACUUCAGCAUCCCUUUGAGCUGAUUGUUCGGGGUGUGAUUAAAUAUCCCAUGCCACUCAGCUCCCUUUAUCAUUCGGAAUCUAUCAGUGCAACCGUCAAGUACGUGCCCAACGAAGAUAGUGAUGAUCCAGACACUACACCCCCGAGCAAUGAGACUGCUCGGAUCUCAACCAAGGCCAACCCCUCUUUACGCCUUCUGGACCAUGAUGCUCAACCUGAGCUCCGGCCAGUAAAAUUUAAACGACAGUUUACGGCUUGA